AUUUUAAACUGUUUCAUCUUAGUAUAUUCUUCUGUUACUUUCUAUAUAAAUAAUUUAAAUACAAAACUGAAGAAACGGAAGACUUGAUACCCCUGUUUGAUACUGAAACCACCGAAAACUGAACCGCAUGUGAACUGUAAAUAUUUUUUGUUUAUGAUCUUUCUGGUAUUUGCAUUUGUCAAGGUAUACUGUAGUACUGUCAAUAUUUCGAGUUGAUAAAAUUUGUUUCCAAAAAUUCAAUAUGGAAGAAGAAAUAAGUCAGGAAGUGGAAGAAAUGACCAACGAGAGUGUGGAAAUAGAGAAAUUUGGAAAUAAAGAAAAAAAAAUUGAUACCACGAAGAAACUUAAAAAGCCUGGAAUAAUUUAUUUAAACUUUAUACCCAGAUACAUGACUGUAAAAAAAGUUCGUGAAAUCUUUUCUGAUUUUGGAGAAGUACGUAGAUUAUUUUUGAAACCUGAAAAAACUAAACCCGGAAAACCGAGUAAAUUUUUUGCUGAAGGUUGGGUAGAAUUUACCAAAAAGAAAGUUGCUAAACAAGUAGCCCAAUGCCUUAAUGGUUCUCAAGUUGGAGGGAAAAGGCAUACACCUUAUUAUGAUGCUUUAUGGAGCAUAAAAUAUCUGCCUAAAUUUCAAUGGAGCCACUUAAGCGAAAAGAAAGCAUAUGAAAAAUCUAGAAAAGUACAAAAAAUGAAAGCAGAAAUUGCUCAAGUUAAAAGAGAAGUAAAUUUCUAUUCUCGGGGUAUUGAAAAAAAGAAACGCAAGAAGAAUUCCUCAGAGACUGAUGAGGGCAAGGAGAAAGAAUUCUCAAAUAGAACUGUUUUAACUGACACAGAAGUUCCUGAAACUGACCAAUCUUCUGAUGAGAGAAAUUUACUUCUAUUAAAAAGUGUAUUGGGUACUAUUUAAUGAUUAAAUAUUUGUACUUUUA